AAGAAAGUUGACUAGUGUAACUAUCGCCAGCCACCUUGAGAAUUAACCAGAAUAUUACCCAAUACCAGCCAUGGGAAAAGGGUGAAAGACGCUAGUUGUCAUACUAGUAGCACAUGGCAAUGUAUCAAGAGGAAGACUACAGUCAACCAGGGGUGAAGAGAGGUGCAUACACGCCAACGAGAACGACAUGAAGGAAGACAAAGAGACACCUGCAAUUUCUAGUAGCAACAUAUACUAGUACUUGGUUGAAUAACCGAGGCAGUCAGUCAGACAGACAAUAAUGCCUUGACCCCGCUCGAAUCCUGACAGGGGUGGUGGCUAGUGGCCAGCAACUAGAUAUAUGGACGUCGUCCAUCACUCACCAGCCAGCUGGUGUUCUGACUUCUUCGACAACCCAGUCGGCAGAGAGUGUUAACCACUAUAACUGUUCAUCAUGGCUUGCAAGGUAUCGGGAACGGCGUUUAUCACGGGAGGUGGAAAUGGCAUUGGUAAGACCACCGCCUUCACGCUUGCCCAGAAUGGAAUCGAAGCACUAUCUCUCUUGGAUGUGAACGAGGCACUCCUCCAACGCACUAAAAACGAGCUCGCUACCUCACAUCCCAAUGUUGCAGUGGAAAUUACGGUUGGAGACGUCUCCAAGGAGGCAUGCGUGGAUGAAGCCGUGUGCCGCACUGUCGAGCGAUUCGGUCGCAUUGAUAUCUCGGUUCACUGCGCCGGGAUUGUGGGGCAACCGAGCGCGACCCAUGAGCUGACGGCAGCAGAAUGGCAGAGGGUGAUCGAUAUUAACCAGACCGGGGUGUUGCUCUGCCAAAAGGCUGUGAUACGCCAGAUGCUGACACAGGAAUCGCGCGGUUUGCGUCUCGGUCGGGGGACGAUCGUGAAUAUGGCUUCUAUGUUUGGGGUAGUGGCUCCGGGGGGUUGGUCAGGACUGUCGGCCUAUACAGCUUCCAAGCAUGCUGUGGUUGCUUUCUCAAAAAUGGACGCCAAAGCGUACAUUCAACAAGAGAUACGCAUCAACGCUAUCUGUCCUGGAUACACGGACACUGAUUUGAUCCGCACGUAUUGGGAUGCGGGAUUCAUGGAGCCAGACGCGCAGCGAGUCGCUAUUGGCCGUAGGGCACAACCGGAGGAGAUCGCCGACGCACUCCUGUUUCUGGCCUCCCCGAUGAGCAGCUACAUGGUAGGCUCCGCCUUGGUCGUCGAUGGCGGUUACACGGCUUGAGCGCUUUGAGCACUGAGGCUUCUUGAUCUACCUACGUACAGCACUGGAUCAAUACCAUCGCCGAUCGGUCUUCUCAACGGAGGGAUUAAGCGCAACUAAAUUGAACUAAACCAGCAUCGCAGUCAUGUGUAUAUACAAAUCAUCAAUCAUAGUCGGACCUGGACCUUUGUGGAAUCCCAUCCGGCUGAGCUCUGCGGAGCAGGCUCGUAGUCCACAUAGUGGAAUGCGUUAUCCUCAAAGGGUCCAUAGAACCGAGUGCGAUCA